AUUACCCGGUGAGCCCUUCGGGCUGGACACACAGCUGCACAUGCGCAAAACCUCUCCUUCGCUUCCCGCCCACUCCACAGCCCGCCAGUCCUUCUGGAAACCUGUGGACUACAAGUUCCCGAAGGCCUCGGGAGCUGAGCGCCGACUGCGCGUGCGCGCUCCGCCGCCCGCCGGAAGGACCGAACCUGGCUGUGUUUAUCUCGGUGGAAACCCGGGCGUCGGUUGGUGCGCAACGGGUUCAAGGCUGCAGGCAGCUCGCGGACUCGCGGUCCCGCCCCGGCCCGGCCUGGCAGGUAGCAGAGGCAGCAGGCCGUGCCGGGGGGGCAUGUUGCUGUAACCUGUGGUCCAGGGGAUGUUACGGUGGACAGUGCACCUGGAGGGCGGGCCCCGCAGGGUGAAUCAUGCUGCAGUGGCUGUUGGGCAUCGGGUAUACUCCUUUGGGGGUUACUGCUCUGGUGAAGACUAUGAGACACUGCGUCAGAUAGAUGUGCACAUUUUCAAUGCAGUGUCCUUGCGUUGGACAAAGCUGCCCCCAGUGAGGCCUGCCAUCCGUGGACAGGCUCCUGUGGUACCCUACAUGCGGUAUGGACACUCAACCGUCCUCAUCGAUGACACGGUCUUCCUUUGGGGCGGACGGAAUGACACCGAAGGGGCCUGCAAUGUGCUGUAUGCCUUUGACGUCAAUACUCACAAGUGGUCCACUCCCCGAGUAUCAGGAACAGUUCCUGGGGCCCGUGAUGGACAUUCAGCUUGUGUCCUGGGCAAGAUCAUGUACAUUUUCGGGGGCUAUGAGCAGCUGGCAGACUGUUUUUCCAAUGAUAUUCACAAGCUGGAUACCAGUACUAUGACGUGGACUCUUAUCUGUACAAAGGGCAACCCUGCACGUUGGAGGGACUUCCACUCGGCUACAAUGCUGGGCAGUCACAUGUAUGUCUUUGGGGGUCGUGCCGACCGCUUUGGGCCAUUCCAUUCAAACAAUGAGAUUUACUGCAACCGCAUUCGCGUCUUUGACACCAGAACUGAGGCCUGGCUGGACUGUCCACCCACUCCAGUGCUGCCCGAGGGGCGCCGGAGCCACUCAGCAUUUGGCUAUAACGGGGAGCUGUACAUCUUUGGUGGCUAUAAUGCAAGGCUGAAUCGACACUUCCAUGACCUCUGGAAGUUUAACCCUGUGUCCUUUACCUGGAAAAAGAUUGAACCGAAGGGGAAGGGGCCAUGUCCCCGCCGGCGCCAGUGCUGCUGUAUUGUUGGUGAUAAGAUUGUCCUCUUUGGGGGUACCAGUCCGUCUCCUGAGGAAGGCCUGGGAGAUGAGUUUGACCUCAUAGAUCAUUCUGACUUACACAUUUUGGACUUUAGUCCUAGUCUGAAGACUCUGUGCAAACUGGCUGUGAUUCAGUAUAACCUGGACCAGUCCUGUUUGCCCCAUGACAUCAGGUGGGAGCUGAAUGCCAUGACCACCAAUAGCAAUAUCAGUCGCCCCAUCGUCUCCUCCCAUGGAUAGGAGGAACUUUCUGCCACCUCCCCUCCUGAGCCUGCUGUUGUCUUCUCUGCCCCUGCCCACCUCUCUCACCUGCCUGCCCCUUUGGACCCUGGACUUGGUAUACUUCCAUAUGGAGUUGUUGGACUAGAGGUGUUUUCUGUGCUGUGAAUUCAGUGGGGAGCUGUGGGGGGAGGGCCAGGUUCCUCCCCCCUUGGGCCGAGGGCCCCUUCCCCUUGGUGCUCUGUCCCCAUCCACCUCCCUCCAACCGCUCCUGGGCCUCUGCUCUGUGCCCCAGGCCAGCCAAGCUCUGCUGGGAAGGGAAUGGGGAGAAGGGAGAAGCAAGCAGUGUCUGGCCCUCAGGAGCUUCCCCCUUCCUCUGUGCCCACCAUCUCCCCCUGCUUGAGCCAUGAGCAUUGACUGGGAGCUGAAAGGAGUUAACAGCUGUUGGCAUGAAAUCUCCUUCUCCCGAUUUGGGGGGGGGGGACCAGCAGAUAAUCCCACCCUUCCCUGAGCUGUUGCUGUAUCCUGAAGCUCAGCCAGCUCAGAUUUUAUAAAAAUGAAUUAAAACCUCCAA